AUGGAUCAACCAGGCGGAUUGGAAGACACGAGGCAUCCGGACAAGAAAUGUCUACUGCGGAAGGAGUUGUAUGGCACAAAGCAGGCAGCCCGCGAAUGGAACAACCGACUUAAUGCACAUCUUCAAGAGCUAGGACUCAAGCGUACAGCGGCCGAUCUAGCAUAUCGACGCUAUCAAGCGCAGGCUCAAGAGCGAGUUCAGCAUCAAAGAGCUAGGACGCUCAAGUUCUGGAUUGGAAUCGAGAUACGGCGUGACCUGGUGAAAAAGACCAUCUACAUGGAUCAGCGCGCGUACAUCAAACGAUUGGCUGAGAAUUUUGGCAUUGACAAGUGCAAGGAAGUGCAUACACCAGCAAAUGAAAGUGAAAAGCUGAUCAAGCUUGGAGACAACGAUGUGUUUGUCCCCAAGUGUGGAGAGUGUGAGGUGAUGCUGCGGCUGUGUGUUAUGCGCAAGUUGUUAAAGGUGAUGGGAGAGGGUUCAUAA